AUGGCUGCCGUAUUUGGCUGGCGUGUGUCGCCAUUUUCGGGGGCCUCGACAGCGAGCGGCGCUGUCACUGCCAGCAUUAUUCUCAUGGCACCAUGUCGUCCCUCACAACCGCUCGCAAAAGACGGCCAGCAUCAUCAUGCGGAUUUCAUCGAACGCUUUACGCAGCGACAAACCGCAACGCGGAUUGCGAAACAACCAGAAACCCUUACGGCUGCACAGCAUGCAGCCCUCCGCGAGCAGCUUAAGGACGUUCAUUUUCUCAUCCCUGAAUAUGCCGACAAUACGAAGAUCAACAUUGCUGGCAUGCUGCGAAAAUGGAAAACAUACUGCGAAUCCGUCAAGCUUACGGGCCACUGGCGAGAUGUGAUGAAGGAAGCAGACCGAGCGAUGGCGAUGGAUUUCCUCUACUAUCUGUGUGAAACAUACAGGAUCAAGUCGUGGGGCACAUCAUGGGAAUAUUUUCGCCAGUACAAGCAGCUGUAUGCCAGUGUUACCGGUCAUUAUAUGGACAGGAACGAUAGUAAAGAGAUUCUCAAGGACGUCGCUGACUCGGGCGAUUUGCUGGCCCUCCUGACCUUUAAUAUUGCGUACGAUACAGGCAUCUUCUCUGGAGCGAAGCAUCGCAUACAACUAGCGGGGUGCUACCUCGGUCUUGCCUUCACGGGAGCGCGACCGGCCGAGUUUGUGGACGGCGAGAGAAAGAGCGGCAAGGAUAGAUGUCUGGAGGAGCUCUUCCCGCGGAGAGCCAUGGGGGCUUCUGGCGAAGAUAAAGAAAAGGCUCCCGAUGAGAAUUCUGAGCUGCUUGAAGAGCUACUCGCACAAGAGCAUAUUAUUCGUGGACGUUCAAAAGCGCUCUGUUACGAAGAUAUCCUACUGAUAGUCGUACGCCAUCCGGACACCGGCAAGGACGUCUUAGCGAUAUCUAUCAAGUUCAUAUAUCACAAAGGGGUAGACAAUAAGCCAAAGCCAACUAUCUUCUUCUUUACCCCUACCAGAAAGUUGAUCUUUUGUCUUAUCAGCAUCAUCAUCAGCCUAGCAGUGCACGAUAAUGCAUUCGCUGCAUCGAAUUUAAUCAGUGCCAGACAAGUCUUUCAGGUUAAGAACCAAGAACCAGUCAAGUGCACUCCAUUACGCUGGAAGGAUGAAUGGCUCAAGCGGCCUGUUUUCCGCCGAUGCAACAACUCCUUUUUAAAGAAUGAACCGGAUGAUUCUGUCGCCUCAAAAUAUCAACCCCUUCAAUACUACAAGCUAAGAGAUGAUAUGGCGCAACAAUCGCUAGAUAGUGGUUGUGAGAAAGUGAUUGAACCGAAAGCCUGGCGCAGGGGAGCAGCAAACUCGGCCAACGGCAGCCAAUACCGGAUCAAAGGGACAAAGAACGAGGAACGGAUUCGAGAACUUAUCAGGUUAAUCGCAACCAAGAAGGCGCAGCGCGACAAGACCAUCCGGCGAGAAUACCGGGCGCAUCAUUUCCACAACCGUCCGACCUGGGAUAUUGAGAGACAGGCAAACGGGGGAGAGGAGGAAGUGUACGUCGAACCGACUUUUGAUCUGCCCAUACCCGAGCAUGCUCAGCUCGCCAAGAUCCUCUGCAACCAGCUGGACGACCUGAGCCCCUCAGAGCUGCUCGAAUACUGCAUUCAGGCAGUCGAGAGUAUGAUCUGCCUAUGUGGUAAAAGAGAGAUUGCAAAGCCAAAACGUAUUCUAUACAAGGCACUGGCUGAUAUUAUGGUAAAAGAAGAGUCUCCCGGGCCAGACUCCUUCCUGCUGGUAAUGCAUAAGAAGCAAUGCCUGCGCUGUAUUGGAAACGAAAACCUGUUCUAUGAUAAAAGGAUAUUCACCUACAGUCGAAUUUUAGUAAUGUGGAAUCAUUUCGAUGCGAAGCAUGCUAAGCAGCUAAGCAGUACAUAG